CGCGUGUAUUUAGGUCACCUUCCUCAUCUCCGUCCGCCGACCCAAAAAUCCACCUUCUCCUCUGUUCUCCUUCUCUCCCAAGCCGCCCCAUGCCGAUUCAGCCCCAACCUGCAGCAUGCAAGGAGCAAGGGGGAACUAGAUCGGCCCCAACAGGGCAAGAUCCCCGUGCACCAGAUCUAUCAUCCCCAUCGUGGGAGCAGCCAUGGCCUCCCUGAAUCCUUUUGUCCAUCCAAAGGAUCUGCGCCGACGAGCACAGGGCGAGGUCCUGGUGCACCAGAUCCGUCGCCCCCACUACUGGAGGAGCCAUGGCAUCCCGUUCGCCGUGCGUUCUGCCCUUCUCCAAGAAUGGAUCUACGCCGACGACCCCAUACUGCCCAAGGUCCAUUCUCCCACCAUGCUUCCGCCACUAUCAAGAGUUACCGUGUGGUGUGACCGGGGCUUCUUCCACUAUGACCCCUCCUGCCCUGCCUCUUCGGUGGCCCCGAUUCUUCUUCCACUCUGGGAUAGCUCGUGGAUAUGGUACAUCAUCAUCACCUAUGAAGAGGAGAAGGGGUUUAUCGUGUCAGGAAAGGUGUGUGGUGGUAGGCUUGGUCUCCGGCCUCGGCAACUUUCGUUGGCCCCGGUGCCGUGCGGCUGAGGCGAUGUUGUUUGGCAUCAGCUACAAAAUAGCCAUGGUGAGCUCCUCUCCAUCGUCUGCUAAUUCAUGUAAUCACAUGAUGUUCAAGAUUCUCUUAUGUAUGGUUUUAGACAUUUAGAAGUGGGGUUUAGUGAGGCUAAAAAACAUUCAAUUAUUUGUACGUGCCAAUUCAAGUAACUGCUUUUUUGAGAUGGCUGUGAUGUUCUUUUUCUUUUUGACCUGUUGUUUUUUUGCACCUUUGAUGAUCUUUUACAUAUAUAGUGGUUUAUGCACUGUAAUGGUUAAUUGACUGCAACAUAACAUAAUGUAGUUGUAUUAUAAAAGUAACUUAGCAAGUGGGAUACCAUACAUGUUCCUGCAUUGUUUGUCAAGUGUGGUUUUUAUUUCAGAAGGCAACAGAGAGGCAUGACACGCAUGCUUUGCUGCAAAAGUUCAAAAAUUGUGUCUUCUUCAUGCGAUUAAACUUAGAAAUUGAGAGGCUAUUUUCUGGACACAUGCAGUUUCAUUUUGAGCUUGGUUGACUUUCGAGAGGUUUGAAAACAUGCGUUGUAACUCAGAUAGAUCAUAUAGCACUGUACUUAUUUUCUGGUAUUUUGUAUAAACAGAUAAAUAUUUUGUUCUUAUUUUCAGGUAUUUACAGGUUAUUGCCGACAUGAGGUCUAUAUGUCCAUGAUUGUUGUGCUACUGUUAAUAUGAUGCUGAUUUUUGUGUUCUUACGUAAGCUGCCUAUUUUUUAUAUUUUAUCUAAGUGCCGAACUUGUGAUUCUUAUACUCAGCCUCAUAUUUUGUGAGCCAGAUGUUCCUCUUUAAGACCUGGAAGGGCAACCUGUUGCAAGUGCUCAAGGGGUGUUCAGAGCAUAUACUUCUCAAGGCCAACAUUGUGAUGCAUGUGUAGUUAGUUUAGAAGUGUUUUGGUAUAGCAACACGAGCUGAUAUGUAGUUUGGUCUGUAGUUCAUUGUAUAUGCAAGUCGAAUUAUCCUGACCAUUUUAUGAAACUUAAUCUAGCUUUUUAUUGGAUUGCUGGGUGGUAUGAAUAUGUUGUAUGAUGAAUAAUUUUGAAUUAUGGUUGGUAUAAAUCCAAAUUUGGCAUG